CCUCCCAAACAACGCCAAAUACCAGAAACUAUUGUCGAUCCAUCAAUAGCUUUGUCAAAGAAGAGGAAGAGGGGAGAAGGUGAUGGGAAGGACUCCCAGUCAUCAAAUGUAAUUCCCCUGGACGACGAUUUGGCGAAAUUUGUGGACUCUAGAGGGACUGGGCCGAGACGAAGGACCGAGGAGGGCUACUUGAUUUACAAAGAGGAUGAGCUUGGGAUACGCGAGUCUGGAGGAGGCGAGCGCUUUUUUUCUUUCCGCAUUCCCCGGAACCUAACGUAUACUCCUCUUUGCCCAUUUGACUGCCAUUGCUGU